CCAUAAUUUUAGGUUAUAGAGUCUAGCUUUUAUUUUGGGGAGACGCUAACUAAUUAUUUAGGUCUUUAGUGAUAAUAAUAGACAUUUUAUACCGUUACAAAGAUAUUUUUGUCACGCAAACAAAUCGAUGAGGCCGGCGAACUCGGUUUUUAGAUUAGUCCGCCUUGAUUCACUGUGGUGUGCUGUGUAGUACAACGUGUAUUUUGACGAUAUUGUCAUAUUUUUGUGUGUUAAAAAGUUACAUAAUAAGAUUAAACGGUAUUUCAAGGCAUCGCUGGAGGUGCGUCAGGUCGGCAGACGGGCUGUUAGCAGCCUGGCAGGCCGGGGGAUGGGGGAUGAAGUGGUCAUCGUCCACUACAACGAUGUCUACAACAUUGAACAGACCACAAACACGGAGCCAGUGGGAGGUGCCCUAAGGUUCUGCACAGCCGUCAAGGCGCUGCAGCAUUUGAACCCUCUGGUACUCUUCAGUGGAGACGCGUUUUCUCCAAGCAUGUUAAGCACAUUCACAAAAGGGGAACAGAUGGUUCCAGUGUUGAACGAAAUUGGGACGCACUGCGCAGUAUUUGGGAACCAUGAUUUCGAUUUCGGCCUGGAAGUCCUCUCAGGAUUAGUGGCACAGUGCAGUUUCCCAUGGUUGAUGUCAAAUGUCAUAGACAACGAGACCGGACGGCCGCUCGGCGACGGAAAAAUUACCCAUGCAUUGAUGUGCAAUGGACACAAGAUCGGGCUCAUAGGGCUCGUGGAACAGGAAUGGUUAGAAACUCUAGCGACGAUAAACCCUGAAGAGGUCACGUUCAUAGAUUUUCUGCAGGCGGGCACCAAACUGGCGUCGCAGCUAAAACAAGAAGGUUGUGAAUACGUGAUAGCGCUGACACACAUGCGGACUCCGAACGACAUCAAAUUGGCUGAGGGCUGCGACGAAAUUGACCUCAUUUUAGGAGGGCAUGACCACGUAUACGAAGUUAUUGAGAUCAACAAAAGGUACAUAGUCAAGAGCGGUACAGACUUCCGUCAGUUCUCGAAAAUCACCAUCACGUUCGGGCCUGAGGGGCCGCGCGCGGACAUCGCCGAGGCGCAGGUCACCAGCGCCGUGCCCGAAGACGCCGCGCUCAAGGCCAAGGUCGAGAAGUACUCAGCCAUGAUCGAAGGCAAGAUGGACGAGGUUCUAGGCAAGUUCUGCGUGCCUUUAGAAGGAAGGUUCUCGUGCAUCCGCCGUCAAGAGUGCAACCUUGGCAACUGGGUGUGCGACGUGUUGCUGGCUGCGACAAAUGCUGACGUGGUUCUGCUGAACUCUGGCACUUUCAGAUCUGAUCAGGUCCACGCAGCAGGUGACUUCACUCUGCGCGAUCUGUCCACCAUCAUCCCCAUGCGAGACCCCAUAGUAGUGGUGAAGGCCUCGGGCGCUGUGAUCCUGCAGGUGUUAGAGAAUGCCGUCAGCAAGUACCCCAGCUUGGAAGGGAGGUUUCCACAGGUGGCAGGCAUAUCGUUCGCGUUCGAUCCUACUAAACCAGCAGGCGAGAGGGUAGCCGAACAAGUGGUGAAGAUUGGCGACGAGUACUUGCAAAAGGAGCAAGAAUACCGCCUGGCCAUCAAACAGUACCUGCACAGCGGAAACGACGGGUUUGCCAUGCUGAAAAAGUGUCCUGUGCUGGUGUCAGAAGACAUGUGCCCUGAAAUAGGCAUGGCGAUCCAGAACCACUUCGCAGCCAUCAACGUUCGGACUGGAAAGGCACGCCCCUCCAAACACAGGCAGUCGCUCGUCACCCUCUCCAGAAGGCACAGUCUAGUCAAGAUGCUAGACGGCAGCGAGUUGGAUGGACCCCCGCCUCUAAGACGGGCGUCGUCGGUCGCUGUGGAACCCACCUCGCACAACACGCAUCAUCAUAGGUUAACGCGACGUGCAUCGUUAGACGAUUUGGAACAGCAGUCGUGUGAGCUCGCGCCCAAAAUUGAGAACAGAAUCAUAGUGCUCGACAAAAAAGAGAAACUCCAAGCCUUACUAGCGGAGCGGGCCCGCUGGGAAGCGGACACGGUGAUCAAAGAAGUCGACGACGAAGGCUCCCCAUAAGAUUUGCCGUACCCCCUGCUCGGAUGCUUCCUGCCCUACUACCUGAUCUGGCGCACGUAACGUUAUUUUUAUUGUAACGGUAACGUUA